AGGCGCAACAGCUGUUGGCGGGCACGUUAUUGCCGCCGUCGACAAAAUACGAAUGUUUUUAUUGAAAUCCGUGCGUCGGCCUCUUUAUAGUUCGCUGCGCACUCUAAAGAUGAGUAGCUCGGUGGAAGCCACCUUGGCAUCCGCCACGGAUCCCUUAACAGGACCCCGCUACGAGCGAGAACCGAAUGUCUUGAGGAAGAAGCUGGCAUCAGUGGUGCCCGGAUCCGUGAAUCUCCAAAUCCUUGGUGCCGGCGCCAAUGGAGCACCUGCUGCCGUCUACCUGUUUACCGAUCAGGCGCGUUACCUGUUCAACUGCGGCGAGGGAACCCAGCGACUGGCCCACGAGCACAAGACGCGGCUGUCGCGUCUCGAGCAGAUCUUUGUGACGCGUAACACGUGGGCAACAGUUGGCGGACUGCCAGGCCUGGCGUUAACCAUCCAGGAUGCCGGAGUACGCAACGUGGGACUCCAUGGACCGCCACAUCUUGCCCCCAUGCUGCAGUCCAUGCGACGCUUUGUGGUUCUGAAAAACCUUCAAAUGCAGACGAUUGACUGCUCCGAGGGAAGCUGCUUCGAGGACUCUAUCCUCAAGGUGGACUCCCUGCCGCUGAUCAGCUCCGAGGAUCCGGAGAAGAGUGUAAUAAACUACAUCUGUCAGCUGAAACCGCGUGCCGGCGCUCUGAACCUGGUCAAGUGCGUGGAACAGGGUGUGCCUCCAGGCCCACUUCUGGGGCAACUCAAGAACGGCCAGGACAUCACCCUGCCCGAUGGCAAAGUGGUCCGCUCUGUGGAUGUAACCGAGCCCAGUGAGUCGGCGCUCUCUUUUGUUUUCCUGGAUGUUCCGAGUGAAGAGUAUCUGCCAGGACUUCUAGCCCAAGCUAAACGCCUAAAGGAACUGGACGAAGAGCAGCUGACAAAGGUACGCCUGGUGGUGCACUUUACGCCUCAUCCUAUUGCCUCCCGGCAGGACUACAAGCACUUUCUGGAGGAGAACUUUCCUCCGGGCAUACAGCACAUCCAUUUGAGUUCCCCGCAGAACCAGUUUUCUGGCUAUGCUGCUGCCCACCGCAUCCAGCAUCAGUUGCAUCAACUUGCCCCUCAUGUCUUUCCCCUAUUGGGUGAGUCGAUGCCCUGCCAAAGCCAGAAACUGAGUCAGAACCUCAAGAAAACCAAGCUGGACGAGACAGAUGAAAGUGAUAAAUCGGAAAAGGAAAUUGAGGAUGAGUCGGAACAGGGCGUAGUCUCUAUGACCAGCUUUCACCUGAGGCCUAGAAAAGGUUUGGAUCGCACCCUUGAGUCCAAGCUAACGCCCGAGGAGUAUGUGAAGGAGACGCAUGCUGUGCCCGGCUUUACAGAACUCCUAGCUAAAUUCAAAGAAGAUUACAGCUUUCCUGCCCACUCUGCCGAGAGCUGGCCCAAGAUAAUCUUCCUGGGCACGGGAUCCUGUAUUCCCAACAAGACCCGUAACGUCAGCUCAAUUCUGAUCCAAACUGCUGCCGAGUCCUUUGCUUUGUUGGAUUGCGGCGAAGGUACCUAUGGCCAAAUUGUGCGGCUUUAUGGUGCCGCCAAAGCGGAACAGAUUCUCCGGCAGCUUCAGGUGAUAUAUGUGUCCCAUCUGCAUGCGGAUCACCAUAUUGGACUGAUUGGAUUGCUCAGGGAACGAAGGCAGCUGGAACCGAAGACCGAGCCACUUAUUUUGCUGGCUCCUCGUCAAAUUGAACCCUGGUUGGAGUUCUACAACCGCCAGAUAGAGCCCAUAGAAGAUGCCUAUACUCUCGUAGCCAAUGGUGAACUCCUGGCCAGCCCGCUGACCGGUGAGAAAGUGGAACCCCUGGGCAUCACCUCCAUUGCCACCUGCCUAGUGCGGCACUGUCCAAACUCGUUUGGAAUAAGUCUCACCCUGGCAGCGAAAUACGAAAAUGAACCCAUUAAAAUCACAUACAGCGGCGACACUAUGCCCUGCCUGGAUCUAGUCGAACUGGGACGCAAUUCCACAGUGCUCAUCCACGAGGCCACCAUGGAGGACGAUCUGGAGGAGGAGGCGCGCUUCAAAACGCACAGCACCGUGUCGCAGGCCAUUCAGCAAGGUCGCACUAUGGGUGCCCGCCACACGAUCCUUACGCAUUUCUCGCAGCGCUACGCCAAGUGCCCGCGGCUGCCCAGUGCCGAGGAUAUGCAGCAGGUGGCCAUUGCCUUUGAUAAUAUGCAGGUGACCGUGGAGGAUUUGCAGCAUUACCACACGCUCUAUCCCGCACUGCUGGCCAUGUACGCAGAGUAUACGGAGGAGCUGGAGCAGCGAGCGGUGAAAAGGGAGCUCAAGCAGGAAAGGAAACGGAAGCUGGCACAAACGUGAUGGUCGGUCUUUGGAGGAGCAGGAUAAUUUAUACAAGGAGCAAGCUAUUGUUAAACUAAUAUUACGGGGAAUGUUAAGUUUAAUGUUAUUACAUUCGAUUCUGAAAUGUAUUGGGAAAACUUGGCCAGAAUAUAUAUAUUUUAAAUAUGAGGGGAAUUAUACCUUAAUUUGUUAAUUAAUUUAUGCUUUGGUUAAAAGUUUGUAUCUUAAAAUGAUUUAAAAAAUAAUACAAAUCCCGAAAUACUUUAUAAAAAUCCUUAAUUUUUUUUAAAUAAA